AUGUCUCACAGCCAGAACAGCACCUCUCAAGGCAGCACUCUUCCUGGUGAUUCCCUUUGUGGUGAAGAGGGUUUUGCUCAUUAUGGCCAUGACGACGGUGCAACGGUCCCGCUAGGAGCGGGCGGUGGCUGCAGCGUUAGUGAUUCAUCUUCAGCGCACCCUCCGCAUCGGGGUAUUUAUCUCAAACCGAAUGUUUUCAUGAUUAACGGCACUGCGGGGCAUCUAAUGGAUUUGUAUUACUUGUCCAACUCAAACGCCACCCACGGGUUUGGUGACUCGACAUGCGUAAGGACGGCAUCCCCACCGUUUUGGUGGGGUUAUAAGCCUCCAAACUCUCCGACAGUUUUGGUGUCCUUCAAGUACUCCAUCUGGACAGCCGUAGAAAAACAAAUCUACGAUAUCGUAGCCUCCGAAGAAUUCACAGAUGCUGAAGUUGUCGCUAAUGUUGAAGCUUUAGGUUGCUCCCAUGGGGAGAAGUGUUGGCUCCAGAAAGCCGCUGGGGCUUUAGCAACGAACCUUCGGGAGAAUCGCCUUUUGGCUGGUCAGUUCGCUGCCGAGUUCCUUUCUCCCGAUGUGUAUUUGGGCAGGGGUGACAUUACAUGUUUCCUUAAUGGCGGUGGUGAGUGGGAAGGGCGCAACAUUCCGGUGCUGCAACCGGGUAUGGAAACGGCGUUGCGUGCAAUGCGGCCGGGCGAUGAGUUUGGUUUUAUUAUUCGUGGACGCCGGUUGGGGUUUCAAGGAGGCUCAUACCCCUCUAUGUAUAGCACUGGUGGGGCCGGCACUUACAACUAUAAUCGGUGCACGUCCUUUCCGCAGUGUUACUUCAUUCACAUUAGCCUUAACAAAGCCGUCCCGCGAGAAACGACGAGUAUGCUCCCUCUCCAGCGGUAUGUUUUAGAUGUUCCAUUUUGCACGGAUAAUGUUGGAAGAGCCUGCUGCACAGCGCCACAAUUAGAAGGUUGCAGUGGUACCGUGUUUUCUGCAGGCCUUGAGAGUGGGACAUUUUCACAUUUCUACAGUUUUUUUCACGGGUCACUUAGUUUUUUGGGUCCCCGCGGUAUUGUUUCCAAAGAGGGCGGCCAAGGCGUUAGCCGAAAAUGGGAUUCGGCAGAAUAUCAAGCUGCGCGCCGAGCCUUUUGCAUGGCAAUGACGACGGCGUUGGAGGGUUGUCUGGAGGGCCGUUUAGUGGGUGGGAUGUGCGGUGGUGGUGUGGAGGAGCGACCAACUCAUGAGGAUGCGUUGUCAUUUCUUCAUGAGUGCUUCUUCACCAAACCACGUGGCGAUGCAACAGUGUCUUUCAGUGUCGCGCGUAUAGGACCGUUAGCAGAUCGGGAGUUAUCCUCAGAACGGUUGGACAACGUGAAGCUUGGGACUUUGGUCACUCCGCUUUGGUUAGACAUGUCGCUGCAAAGUAUGGCGGCGGGUGAGCGCGACUUAAUCAACUCAUGGUUUGAAUCAGACAACGAUCCACUGUUUCACCUCUAUUUUGUGGGUUGCCACCGUGCGGCCAUGGUCGUGCAAUUUUGGGAGUCUGAAAGGGAACGGCGAUCGGGUUGUAUAGAGGCUCUUGCGGAGGACCAGUUGCAGCAAAGCUCAGUAGGUGCUAACAAUGCUCCACCAAAGCCAAUUCUUGAUGGGAAUGUCACAACGAAACAUGAUCUCAGCUGCCGCAUUACCCUUCAUAGUUUCACCAACAGGUAUACCGUAGAUGAUUUCUUUUUUGUGAACCCCCUCUCGUCCCUGCAGACGGUGAGGGGCUUACUUGACGAAAUCUCCGGGUUGUGCCCACUAGUCAAAUCCUGCGAGGGGCUAGAAUCUCUGGCACACGCGGUAGAUAGUGAGAUCAGUAGUUGUAGCAGCGACAGCAGUGAAAGGCAGGUUGAAGGGGCUGUGCCACUAGAAUUCAACCAACCGACUCCAACACAAUCGGCACCGAAGGUUAUAAAUAUCCAUCCAGCGCCGUUUGGUAGCGUCCCUCCCAAUCGUGAUGCCUUUCGUAGUGUUGUUAAGGCUAUACACAAAGUAUGUUUUACAAUACUGCUGCUGACAUUUUAUGUCGAUGUGGAUAAUAUGCUUGCGAAGGGUGUUGCACCAUCGCUGCUGAAGGAACGUGAAAAUGUGCUCCCCGACUGUUUUAAACUUCUAGGUUGCUUGUAUGCAAAGUUGAAGAGGAAGUUCAACAUCCACUUCUGUGAGGAUGCCUUCUGUGCGGCUUCCUUGCUGGUGCAGAAUGAUGACUGA